CACGUCAGCUGUCUUUGUCCCUCAUCUUCAUCUUUUUUUUAAUAACUUCACUUUGUUUUAGACGUCCUGAACACUGGUUCUGAGAAUCAUUUUGUUGUCCCUCAUGGCUGAAAAAGGUCGCACGUUGAAAAGAAAAGACAGAAAAUCUGAGGAAGUCACUGAAGGCUUGAAGGAAACGAAGGAAACGAAGGAGGAAGGAGAUCAAACUGGGAAUAAUGGGCAAGCUGCAUCCUCCACCAACGAUGCUGCGGCUGACGGUCAGAAUGGAGAGUUUGAGGUUGAGCCCAUGGAACUUCCUCCAUUUGAAAUCAUCACAGGAGACCGGAUAGAUCCAUUUGUCUUUAAGUUCCAGUUUAAGAAUGUAGAAUAUUCUUCAGGCAGAAACAAGACCUUCCUGUGUUAUCUGGUGGAUAAAGGGGACACACCUGACGGACUGCUGAGAGGUUAUCUGGAAGACGAGCAUGCUGGCACUCAUGCUGAGGAGGCCUUCUUCACACACUGUCUGCCGCACAUCGAUCCUGCACUCAAGUACACAGUCACCUGGUACAUGUCCUCCAGUCCCUGCUCUGCUUGUGCUUCCAAGAUAGCUGAAAUAUUAAAGUCCAGAAAAAACGUGAAGUUGAGCAUCUUUGCUGCUCGGCUCUUUGAGUGGGAGGAAGCAGAAAUCCAGGCUGGGCUGAAAAUCCUGCACAGUGCUGGCUGCAAGCUGAGGGCGAUGAAGCCUCUAGACUUCUCCUACACCUGGGACACAUUUGUGGAGGCUGAGGACCAACCUUUGAACCUGUGGGAGGACUGCAAAGACAAUUAUGAGUAUUACCAUGAAAAGCUGGCAGAGAUCCUGCAGUAAACACACUGUCCAUCACAUCGACCAGUCGCGGCCGCCGUCUGCCUCCCUGACCGGCUCUGCUGCUGAUUUCUUCUUGAAGAAUGAUGUUUGCUCCACACUUUUAUUAAAUGCAAAGUAAGAAAAUUGGUAAUUAUUUUUUUGUUGUAACAGUAAAAAUCUUAUAUCCAAACCAAUAAAUGACACUGAACAAGAGUUAGUGUCAGACAUUGACAGAGAAAGAGGCAAACCCACAUUUCCAUUAUAAAUGUGGCUCCAUUUAAAAGGAAAAAAAAAAAAAAAAAAAAAAACAGACUUUCCAACAAUCUAGGAUUAAUUGUUUCAGCAAAGAUGUUACGACACAGUACAGGGGUAUGACGGGCGUAACAAAAAAGUGAGAACUGUGGACAGAUGUAACACCGGAAGUUAACAGAUUUUUUUGUGUCAAGUGGAAAUGAGGAACCAUUCAAAAAACAACGGUGGUGAAUCACGUGUUGGGGUAGCGAAGCCGCAUAAAUAAAAAACUCAAUAUAAUAGCCAUUUUCUAAAUUCAAUAAAAAAAAAAAAAGCCAGUAAAAAGCAAAACAGAAUAAUCAAAAAGGUGAGCAAAAACCUGGCCAGCUAUUCUAUUUAUUAACAAAAGGUGAACCAGCUCCAAUAUCUACAAUUUAACCAAAAAUACUAUACACAACUACAAACCUCAACUAGCCCGACACAUUCUACUUUUACCAAUAAACUAACAAAUAACUAAAGGAGAAGCCAAAAGGGCUUUAAGUCUUACAAAAAAAAAAAACAGAAAACAAGACUA